CUAUCUUCUUUUAAAAAAAAAAAAAACAAAUCGUCAAAAUCCAGAAUAUAGUGUGCUGGCUAAUCUGAUUUGAAAAAUGAAUGAGACGAACAGAUAAGAACUUGAUCUUUUGUGAUAAACCUUUACAUGGUGGGAAACUUUCAGUGGUUUUCAGCUAGAGCGGGUAUUUUAAGAAGCUUACUGUAUGACGUAAAGAAGAAAUUUAAUUUACUGCUUGAUAUAUGAGAUAAUAAAAGUUUAUUCAUUUAGAGGCAUUUCAGAUAAACAUCCUUUUUAAUCUUCAAGUAUUUUCCUUGAACUAUCUUCCUGUAAUCUUAUAUCUUCGUAUAUAUACAUUUUUUGUGAACGAUCCUCGUAUAUAUAUAUUUUGUAAAAACUUGAAAAAUGCUCGAAGCAAUUAAAUACAAAAGGGGUCGCUUGGAAAUAAUCGAUCAAUUACUUUUACCAUCCAAAACUCAGUAUGAAAUUAUCGAUGGAGUUAAAGCUGGAUGGGUAGCUAUAAAUUCAAUGAAGGUUCGUGGUGCACCUGCUAUCUCUAUUGUAGCUGCUCUCAGUUUGGCUGAAGAACUUGAGAAGAAAGAAUUUAAAACUAAAAAUGAUCUACAUCAGUAUUUAUGUGAAAACUUAAAGUUCUUAUCUACGUCUCGCCCUACCGCUGUUAAUCUUUCUAAAGUUGUUGAUUUAUUUAUUGAACUUUCCAAGCAAUUUUUGCAAGAUGAAAACCUUAAUAAGGAUACUAUGAAAGAAAAUAUAAUCAAGGAAAUGGAAAAAUUGUUAUUGUCAGACAUUCUAAUUAACAAAGCUAUUGGUUCUUUUGGAGGAAAAUACAUUACAGAAUAUGUAAAAGAUACAUCUGUAUCCAUUCUCACUCACUGUAAUACAGGAAGUUUAGCCACUGCCGGAUAUGGUACGGCAUUGGGCGUUAUUCGAUGGCUUUUUGAAAACAACCACCUUAAACAUGUGUAUUGUACUGAGACACGUCCAUAUAAUCAAGGAGCCAGAUUAACAGCAUAUGAAUUAGUUCAUGAUGGUAUACCAGCUACUUUAAUUUGUGACAGUAUGGUUGCAGCUCUAAUGCAAUCUGGUAAAGUAUCAGCUGUUGUUGUGGGAGCUGACAGGGUUGUAUUGAAUGGAGACACAGCUAACAAGAUAGGAACAUAUCAGCUUGCUGUAUGUGCUAAAUAUCAUAAUGUUCCAUUUUUCAUUGCUUGUCCUAGGAGUACAUUGGAUUUUAGUCUUAGUUCUGGGGAAUCUAUACCCAUUGAAGAAAGACCAUCUAAUGAAAUGUUGAUGAUCAACUCCAUUCCAAUUGCUGCUCAAGGUAUAAAAUGCUGGAAUCCUGCUUUCGAUGUUACACCAGCUGAACUGAUAACAGGAAUUAUCACAGAAAUUGGAGUUUUUCAACCAGAAGAGCUUAAAAAUAAUGUUAUUAAACUUUCAGAUAUGAAUUUAUUAAAUUAAUUCAUGUUAUGCAUUUAUGUAACUAGAAGAAUAAAAAUUAUUUUAUUAUUGU